AUCACGUGCCCCCUGCCCGGCUGGACCAACGGCACCGGGCGCGCGCCGCGCUCCAACGGCCGUUCCCGCCGCCGCCGCGCUCCAACCGCCGUCCGUUCCCGCGUUCCGGCGCCGUCACCUCCCGCCGCCUGACGCUCUGAAGUCUCCCAUCCUCGUCCGAUCCACGAGUCGGUUCCUUGGAGCGUUGGAGGCCGGGCCGCGGGUUCCCGGCCGCCGGAAGGUUGCAGCGAGAUGGCGAGGACCGAGCUGCCGCGCGUUGCCCACAUUUAGCGUGCGAGGAGUUGGAGGGAUGAGGAAGUAAGCGGGCGCUGAAUCAACAGAACGCACGAAACUGCAGCACACAAAGGAAACUCGCAGUCACUGGGAAAACGUGCAAACUGAAAGACUGACAAAAUCAGGAUUGAACCUGGGUCCUUGGAACUGAGAGGCAGCAACGCUAACUGCUGUACUACUGUGCCAUCCCCUGAAGUGCAUUCAUGUUUCUCUACGCUGAUUAUACAGACUAAAUGCACAGAGCCAAAAUCCAUUAUCACAGUUAUUUUUCUCCCGGGAGCAAAAUUUCAAAUAGGUGCACGUGAAAAGCACCAAUAGCAGUAUGAGUUCAAAUAUUCUUCAAAAAGACUGGUACGAAAUUCUGGGAUCAGAUCCAUCAGACAGUCCACUGGAGCUGAGACAGAAUUAUCAGAGACUGAUCCUCUUGUAUCAUCCAGAUAAACAGAGUGCAGAUGUGCCAGCGGGAGAACUUGAGGAGCGCGCACAGAGGUUCAUCGAAGUUGAUCAGGCGUGGAAAAUACUAGGGAAUGAAGAGACAAAGAGAGAGUAUGACCUGCAGCGUCGUGCGUGGUUUUCCCCACACUAUCUUGAAUCUAUGGAAUUUUGGAAGAUUACAAGCAGUGCAUUCCCUAUCUCCAUAGCUACCAUCUUCAAAACCCUAGGAUGCAGAUCAUCAGAGGUGGCCCUGAUACAGAAGUGGCCAGUUGAUGCUCAAGUCCCUUUGGAAGACAUGAAUUGGAUUGAAGCUGACCGAAGCUACACCUACAGUUGCCGAUGUGGUGGUGAAUACGUUCUUCCUGUAGAAGAGGCAGAAGAAAAUUUGUUUCUCGUCUGUUGCAAUACUUGUUCUCUCAGCAUAGAGAUCUUGAACAGAAGUUGAAAUCUUUCAAUUGUGCUUUUGUUUUUAAAUUAUUUAUUUGGAAGAUAAUUGGCCCCAGAAUUCUCAGCUGCCACAGAGAAGAAUGGAAACUAGCAAUGCAAACUUCGAGUAAAUGAACUACCAAGCUGCCUAUCACAUUUUAAAUCGUUCAUUCAGUCAAACCAAAACCAGAUUACAACACUGCAAGAUUCAAUACAAUGGCAGCUUAAUGAAAAGAGAGUGAUCAACACGUAGGCCCUUCAGUGCCUGUUCCAUGGAAAGUACGAAACUUGCCCUGCUAAACAGAAUUAAUUGAAGCAGCCAUUUAUAUUCAGUAUUUUUACUUUAAGGAGAACAAACAACAAAUGUCCAUAUAUACGUGUCUCGCAAGAGGAUCAACAAGGGUCGCAAAGAGCUUGAGGCUCUUAUAGACAGAAGAGGAGUAUUCCUGCUUGCACCGUCCACCACUCUUCCCAUCAACUCCAAGGUUAAUACUUGAAUGCCGAUAUUGUACGUAAAUGUAUAACUUGCUAUUGAUUAAACGAUGGGUGAUUUUACUUGUUUGCAUAAUUUGUAUUUCUUGGAUGUUAAAAGCAUUAUUCCUUUUAAAAGAUGCAAAUUUAUUAAUAUAGCCUUAAGCAGCAUGCUCUCCCAAAAGAAAAUCUCAAAUUUAAUGAAAACUCAGUGGAGCUUCCUGGUUUGAAAAUUCUUGGAUGUUCAAGGCUCUAAUUGCCAUUAAACAGGUGCUUUAGAACAUUCAUUCCCUCAUUUCAGCAUUAUUCAUAAAUUAUUAAACUCAAGAUCAGAUCUGUUUGGCUUCAAGAUGGUGUGUUCAUGACAUGGCACUCACCACUAUCUUUCUCCUCAUUGUGUUUACUUGCUCCCUCUUCUGCCACCACCUAGAGCAUGUUACUGUAGUUGGUCUCGUUCUAACUCUGGCUCACAGAAUGUCCAUGUAAAGUACCUCUGGCAUCACUUGAUUGCCCCUCCUCCACAUGAUUAAUGCAAAAAUCACCACAGUUGAGUGAGACUGUUUCUGACAAUUGGUCUGAAUGGAUAAACUGUUGCUGUCACUAAGAAAAUACAGUUGUUGAAAUAUUUUAUUAAAAAGCAACUAUUUUUGGCAAAAUACCUGAAUAUGAAAUAUGGUAGUUUCUAACUCUACCCCCUUACCAAA